AGAAGAGGUAGAAGCUGCCAAGCCCUGACUGUCACUUCUUCCACCGUGUACACCAUGUACACCACCCCUGGGUGCCCGGACCCAACAGGGUACGUGGAGGAAGAUGAUGAUGACGAUUACGAGAACACGACACCAUCCUACAAGGACCUUCCUCCCAAGCCAGGGUACGUGGAGGAAGAUGAUGGUGACGAUUAUGAGAACUCAGCACCAUCCUACAAGGACCUUCCUCCCAAGCCAGGCUGGAUUGCUCCGCCGAGGCCCCCAAGGACAGAAAAGAAAGCGGAGAACCCCCCACUUCCUUGCAAGGCUCCAAAGACAACAGGCCUGGACCUGCCCCCCGUCACCUGUGUAUUUCCUCGACCGGGGGUCGACCUGGAGCCUCCUCCAUUUCAGCCAUCUCUAGCAGCAACUCCAGUGCCUUGGCUCAGUCAGAAGUCUGCAAGUCCUGGGUGCUGCCAGGAGGAGAGACUGGUGGUGUACCUGUGUGUGCUGGUGGCGAUAUCACUGCUCCUGGGCUGCCUCGGUCUCGCUGUGACCCUGAUUAAGUACCAGGAGGUGGUGGAAGAACUGAAGAUGUUAACGUUUCAGCAGAUGGCGUGGCGAGCAAAUGUGACAGGCAUGGUGGGGCUAGCUGGUCUGAAGAAGGACAUUGAUCGUGUGAGAGCUGACACCAACCAGUCCCUGGUGGAACUUCGGGGCUUAUUAGACUGUCACAGAGUUACCUGUCCUGAAGGCUGGCUCCCCUUUGAAGGCAAGUGUUACUAUUUCUCCCCAAACACCAAGUCGUGGGAUGAAGCACGGAAGUUCUGCCAGGAGAAUUACUCUCACUUGGUCAUUAUCAGUAGUUUUGCUGAACAGAAUUUUGUGGCCAAGGUUCACCGUUCCCCACGGGUGUACUGGCUGGGGCUGCAUGACAAGGACAAAGAAGGGGACUGGAGGUGGCUGGAUGGGUCACCUGUCACGUUAAGCUUCUGGGACCCAGAGGAACCCAACAACAUGAAUGAAGAGGACUGUGCUAGCAUGAACAAAGGUGGCACCUGGAAUGAUCUCUCUUGCGAAAAAACUACGUAUUGGAUUUGUGAGCGGAAAUGUUCCUGCUGAAUCCCAGGGCUGAGGCUGGGGGUCCAUAUCGGAGUGUCCCUCGCUCCUAGAGAUGAGAAUCUCCUGCCCUUUCAUGGAAGGCCCUGCCGCUUCAUGAACUGACAUGGAUGUGCCUUGAACACGUCAUGAUCGGCACCCUGGACGCAGCAAGUUCCCAGAGAUGCGAGCCAGGCCAUUUCCAGGUUGAGGACUUGGGCUUGCCCAAAUACAUGGUGAGCUGGAAGGAUGCCCACGGCUUGGUGGUGGAUGGUCUCCCAGUUCUGGGGUCCAAAGGACGUUCACCAAGUUCCUGAUCAUGGCUCUUGGGAAAUGAUGCUGGCCCCGAGGGCUCCCUUACUGCCUAUCUGAUGCGGACUCGCUUCUGGGAAGUGGGUGGGGCAACCCUAUUUUUGGCAAGCAAUUUUCUUGAUGUCUCGGGCAAGAUUUGCCCAAGCUAGGUGCCAAGACCUGGCCCAUGGAACUUCUAGAAAGAUGUACCAGCUGAAAAGCAAGAGCCCACACUGUGUGGCUGGGCCAGGCCAUGACUUGGUCGGAUCCACGGGACAAUGAUGGGGAUAUCUGCCUGCAUGUGCCCUUGGGCUGUCUGUGGGUUGUGAAGAUCUCUGAUGCUGUAAUUCGGUCUAUUUCUGUGUGGCCUUUCUUGGGCUAUUAGCUGUUGCCGUGUUAGUGCUUCUCAAAAUGCCACUUCCUUGGGUGGUCCUUGCCCACUGUGGGUGAGUUUGCUAGGGCUGCCAUAACAAAGUACCAGGCGGCUUAAACAACAGAAAUUUAUUUU